AUGGACGACCUUUUUCGUAACCCGUUUGGGGACGACAACCGUAACAAAAACGAGAAAAGCAAUGCCCAACGAGAUACAGGCGGAGGCAAUGGACCAACACUCAUUCGUACUAUUUACAAGACUAUGGCGCCAACCUUCGAAGGACCGAUUGCCGGCUACUCGACCAUUACCGAAGACUCCCAUCCAGCGCCAACUCGAGCCUCGAGCCCUGCCAACAAACCAGACCCCAAGCCCACACCAUCGACGACACUCGAGCCAAAGCCAAAGGAAAAGGCCUCACUGCCUUCCGUCAUUUACAAGCCUGUCUCGACUGGCUCGGCUGACGAGACCGAGCUCAUCCAGGCCUCCGGAAUUCCCACCCCGACACCGACGAUCGAUCCUGGCGUCCAGCUAACGUCAACGUCAACGUCAACGCCGACGCCAACGCCAACGUUGAACUUUGCUUCCAGCACACCUCCAACCGCUACAACCUCUGCAGCGGUUGCUACAGGGGGCGAUAGUGGUACCAGCGCAGCAGCAAAAGCAGGCAUUGCCUUUGGAGUGUUGGGCGGCGUGUUUCUCGUUGGCUUGGCGGCUUUCUUCUUGUUCAAUCGCCGUCGUCGACAGGCUGCUGAACGAGGCGGUGGCCACGAAGAGAAGUCCUACGCGAAGACCAAUGCCAAUACGUUGGACGCCAUGACUGUUCGAAGUGAUCCUCACGCUCCUCGCAUCAGUCUGCGACCAGUCACUCAAUUUCUGCCUAAUUGGGGCCUGGACAAGCGCACUAGCAAGAAUGCUGGGAUGGCAUGGCACCCUUCAGCGGCGGUUGGAGCGCAUAGUCAGAACAAUGCCAUGUGGGAGCGACCAUCCACUAGUCAGAGCACUCACCCAGCCAACCCCUUUGGAAACCAAGCGGAGCGUGUCCCGGAACCAAGUAUUUACGAACAUGGCGCUGUUUCCCGAAGCGAUCCUCUUACGGCCAAUGGCCCUGCAAUCGCUGGCGGAGCUGCGACUGGUGCAGGGGUUGUUGGACUGACGAGAAAGGCUUCUAUGCGCGACAAAACGCAGCGGAAUAUUGACCUCACCCUCCCCCCAAAACUUGGAUCAAUGCCACCGAGUCCUGCUGGAACCGAGUUCAGUAUGACUUCUGUUGCUCCUGGCGCCCCAAUGCCUCCGUCUAGCGGCGCAGAAGCAAUUGCGGCAGCCGGGGGGCCCUCUAACUCCAAUGUGCACAGGGUUCAGCUCGACUUCAAACCUUCAUUGGACGACGAGAUGGAAUUGAGAGCUGGUGAUCUCGUUCGCCUUCUGCACGAGUACGAUGAUGGAUGGGCUCUUGUCAUCCGCUUGGAUCGGUCCCAGCAGGGCGUCGUUCCGCGAACGUGUCUGUCAACGCGGCCCGUCAAGCCCCGAUCUCCUCAAGGCCAACAACGACUCGGACCUCCUAUCAACCCAAGCGGACAGCACCCAAGAGGCCCCAACCAGCCCCAAGGUCCCGGACAAAGGCCCAUGACGCCACAUGGCCGACCGAUGACUCCUCAAGCCCGACCAAUGACUCCCCAAGCCCGACCAAUGACUCCCCAGGGCAGCAGACCGAUGACUCCCCAAGGCACGACUCCCCAGGCUCGUCCUCGAGUGGGCCAGGGUGCUCCUGGUAUCCCGAGCCCUCGACCUAUGAGCCCGGCAGGACUUCCCCCAAGUCCUGGGCCCCGUCAUGGAAGCUCUGCAAGUCCAGGCGGGAUGAACCGAGCGACGGGACCUGUUGGACCUAGACCUGCUCAGUCACCACCUCCGGGUCCUCCCAAUGGCCCCCCAACUAGACCAAUUGGCAGAAAGCCGGUGCCGGGUCAGGCUUACUGA